AUGAGAAGAAAUGGAUCAGCACUUGAAACAAGACUAUUGCGAUUAGGUGAAAUACUAUUUGUUGUAACAACUACAACGUUAGAGGACGAAACAACAACUUUAGAUGAAGCCACAAUAGUGGUAAUUACUUUCGUGGAAGAAUUUUCAGUGGUAGUAAUUAAUAGCGUGGCGGAAGUUGCCAAAGUGGAUGUAAAAUAUUUUACAGAG